GAUAAGCUGCUGUUUCAGAGACAGCCUGAGACUGAUCGAAAGUGGAAUGGAGUGCGAAUGUGAGAACGCGAGAGCGCAAGUAAAAUGAGAACGAGCUAUAUUGCCAGAUAGAGAGAGAGAGAGGAGACAGACAGAGAGAGAGAGAGAGAGAGAGAGAGAGAGUGUGUCACACUAACCCUACAUUCUCAGUUCUGGCUGGAGGACCAUGUGUGCUGGAUGAUCUGAUGUCUGUAUUGAUUGUGGCUUUCCCUCGAGAUCCAAACAGAAGGAACACAGUACUUUGACCCCACACUGGAGGAUUCUACACACUGACACAGGACACCAAUCCUUAAAGCACUGUCAGAGUCUGACACUCCCUGUUUGUGAAAGGACUCUGGAAACCAUGCAUGCUAGCCUGGACGCACAAAAGGCAAGGCGGAGGCUUACAGAUGGCCACUGGAAGCACACAGGAUUCCCGCUGUGAGUGGCAUCACAGGGUUCGGCUCAGAGGCAAAGCUUUUAAAAACACCCCCCCCCAAGUCGCGGGAUCACGCACCGACAGCGCCCCUCAUCGCCGAGCGAGGGGAGCGGUCUCUCCGACCCGGGGGUGGCAGGGUGGAAAAUGAACAGCUCCAACGACUCAUGUGAAAACAGAGAAGACCUGCAGAAGUAUCAGCAUUUCAUCUACGCCGUCUUCUACACCGUGAUCCUGGUGCCAGGCCUGAUCGGCAACGUGCUGGCCCUCUGGGUGUUCCGCGCCUACGUGAAGGAGACCAAGAAGGCCGUCAUCUUCAUGAUCAACCUGGCCAUGGCCGACCUGCUCCAGGUGCUCUCGCUGCCCCUCAGAAUCUACUACUACCUGAACAACUCCUGGCCCUUCAGCCACUUCCUGUGCAUGUUCUGCUUCUAUCUGAAGUACGUCAACAUGUACGCCAGCAUCUACUUCCUGGCCUGCAUCAGCGCGCGCCGCUGCAUGCUGAUCAUCCGUCCGCUGCGCUACAGCGCGACCGAACGCCACCUGGACCGUGGGCUGUGCGUGGCAGGCUGGCUGGCAGUCUGCCUGGGCUGCCUGCCCUUCCCCCUGAUGAGGCAGAGCCCCGCACAGGAAUCGGACGUCUGCUUCUCGGAGCUGCUGCUGAAGCCUGUGAGCGCCGGGGCCGUGGUCACCCUCAUCUGCGUGGCCGAGCUGCUGGGCUUCUUGCUGCCUCUCAGCCUGGUCUUCACCUGCUCCUGGCUCACGGCGAGGAGCCUGAAGCAGAAAGCGGGCGUGCUGCAGGACAGCGGCGAGAAGCGCAAGGCCCUGAAGAUGGUGCUGAGCUGCGCCGGGGUCUUCCUCCUCUGCUUCGCCCCCUACCACGUCACCUUCAUUCUGGACUUCAUGGUCAAGUCCAAAUCGGUGACCAACUGCACCUUCGAGGACUUCAUCCGUCGCUGCCACCCUGUCACUCUGUGCCUGGCCAGUCUCAACUCCUGCCUGGACCCCGUCAUGUACUACUUCACCACGGACGAGUUCAAGAGGAGGCUCUCCCGGCAGGAGGUUCCUGAGAGCCUGCAGCUGCACCGCAGGUUCUCCUGCGCAAUCAGCGAGGAGAAGACAACACAGAACGAGCAGAUGGAAUGUGACACCGCAACCUGACCACCAAACUCUUAAAAUUUGGGAGAGGCAUGAUACCACAGGCCCACAUGGAAUGACCUCACUAUCUAGGGGAGAAAAAUGGCAAUGAGCAAAAUGGUAGGACAGGUAUUAUGCCAUGCCUCAAAAGCCCUGAGGGACAUGAAUGACCUUUCCAUCUACAGAGGGGGCGAGGGUGAAGGACUUAGGGCACGAACUGGGGCAGGAGACUACCAAGAUAGCUGUCCAGAAUGGACUACUGUGAACCUGAAAUGUAAACACAAGGCCUGGUUGUCUGAAGUUGUAUAUAUGCAUUUGCAGGAUAUAUUAGGUUAUUUAAUACUGUGUAAACAAAGGCGGAAUGCACUUGAGAUGAAGGAAAGGCCACUAAAUUAUUGAAGAAUGAUUAUGUUCUCUCCUAUGUCUUUUCUCCAUUGUAUCAAUGGAUAAUUGCAAAUGUUUUUGAAAGGGUCAUACUUUACAGUAUAAAAUAUGUAUUUUUUUAAUUAAUAAUUUUGCACUCAGGCUUCAGUUUCAAACUGUGCUGUUAAAGCCACUGUUCUCACAGAAACGUAAAAUUGCUGUGUUUAAGUAGUGGUAAGGAACCAAAGUUAGUUAAAAGAUUUAAUAAUGUCCAUUAAAGAUUCUUAACAGGUCAACUCUUGUCCAGUGUCAGAGGUGGAAAGCAAAGGUGUUCCUCCCUUCAAUUAACUAAUUUGGAAAUUUUCAUUUAUUAUUUCUACUGGGUCGCACUUUUACUUUCUGAACCAGGAUUUUCAACCUCUGAAAACCCCUAGCUCUGUCACACAUUAGCAAGUCCUUCAAAGCUGAAAAACAGGGCUCCAUAGUACACCUGCUACUGUAAAGUACUUUACAGUAAUUUAGUGAAUCUCCACUAAAUGUCCUCAAAUUCCUUGACAAUGUGAAGACCACAAUUUCCAGUCAACAUUAUAACCAUGGACAUAAAGUAUCUAGAAUCGAUCAGAUUAUUUAAUUGACCUGUUAUUGAUGACCCUGUCAAAAUAAGGCCAAUACUGUACAUCAUAUUGUAGCUCUCAACAUUUCAGAUCACCAAGUGAAUCAGGUAUCUAAGCAACGAGAAAGACAUUGUAUAUUGCAGGUUUAUACUACAUACAAUAAUGUUAGAAAACCCAUGGAAUGUGACAACUUAAUAUAACUUAAUAUAAGUCCUUAUAGAGAGACUGCAUAAAAACUUAAUUUCCUGUAGUGGGUGUACCAUUCACUGCUUUUCUUUUCUUUUUAUCGACUAUCUCUCUGUCUUCCAGUGGCAGAAAACUGUGAAAGAUUUAGGACAGGUGAUAUGCAACCGCAAGGGAGCAAAUUGUAAAUGGUAAAUGGCAGGCAUUUUUAUAGCGCCUUUAUCCAAAGUGCUGUACAAUCGAUGCUUCUCAUUGACCAUUCAUACACAGACUCACACACCAACGGGGAUUGGCUGCCAUGCAAGGCACCAACCAGCUCGUCAGGGGCAUUUAGGGGUUAGGUGUCUUGCUCAGGGACACUUCGACACAGUCGAACCGGGGGAUCGAACCGGCAACCCUCUUAUUGCCUGAGCCAAUGUCACCCCAUGGUGUAUGUUGUAUGUUCCUGUGUUUUACUUUCCCCAAAAUCUAAUUGAUUCAGUUUGAGUUAAGGCUUCAUAAAGUAUGGUACAUUAAACUGUUUUAAAAUAU